UGAUGUUUACUUAUAAACUUGUAGUCUCUGUCUCUUCACUUCUCCAUCCAAAUCGAAUUUCGACUAUGGGAAUCUGCGUAUGUAUCAUGUAAAAAUCACAUCACAUCAAGAAAAAACGCCAAGCUGAAAACGAUGAACUCAAGCCUUUUCGUCUUCUCGGCAACUUUCAUCAUCUCCGUAUCUUCCGUGCUGCUUUCUCCGGUGACCGGAGAUCUCGCCGGCGACAGACAAGCCCUGCUGGAUUUCCUCAACAACAUAACUCACUCGCGGUCUCUGGUCUGGAACGCGACCACACCGGUCUGCGCCACGUGGCAAGGCGUCGUCUGCGACAGAGAUGGGUCACGUGUCGUCGAGGUUCGCUUGCCUGGUGCGAGGCUCAUCGGUUCCCCCCCUCCGGACACUCUCAGCCGUCUAUCCGAGCUUCGGAUCCUCAGCCUCAGAUCCAACGGUCUACAAGGGCCCUUCCCAACAGAUUUCUUGCGUCUCAAGAAACUCAACGGCCUUUACCUCAAGAGCAAUAGGCUCUCCGGCCCUCUGCCGUCCGAUUACUCUAUGUGGCAGAAUCUAACGGCUCUCGAUCUAUCGAAUAACCGAUUUAACGGCACAAUCCCCCUCGGUUUAGCCAAUCUUUCAAGUCUAGUGUCGCUCAACUUGGCAAACAACUUGCUGUCUGGUCAGAUUCCGGACAUGAAUCUCCCAAAUCUGCGGGAACUUAACUUGUCAAACAACAAUCUCUCUGGAACUAUCCCCAAAUCUCUCCAAAGAUUUGGGAACUCGGCGUUCUCCGGCAACAACUUGAUUUACGAAAAUGCCCCAGCCCCGGCCCCUCCACCCGGGAAUUCGCCUACAGAGCAGGAGAAGCAAAAACAUGGCAUCAGUCUGACGAAACCUGAAAUCCUCGGGAUAGCCAUAGGGGGUUGCUUCAUGAUAUUCGUCCUUGGGGCCAUCCUGAUGAUCAUUUGCUACACGAAAAUUAAGAGAAGCCGAGAAGGGGAUAAAGGGAAGGUGGAUACCAAUGCCAAAGCUAAGGCUUCUGCCAAGGCAAAGGAGAAGCCGCCGAGUCAAAAGGAAGUCUCUAAAAGCCGGGGAGAGGAUCUAGAAGAUCUGUACGAGGAUAACAGAAACAGAGUUGUGUUCUUCGAAGGAUGCAAUCUCGUGUUCAACCUGGAAGACUUGCUAGGAGCGUCAGCGGAGCUCCUUGGCAAGGGAACUUUCGGGGUGACUUAUAGAGCCGUCCUCGAAGAUUCGAAGGUUGUUGUGGUGAAACGGUUGAAGGAAGUUGUGGUCUUGAAGAAGGAAUACAAACAGCAGAUGGAGGCUGUCGGAAAUAUCAAACAUGAGAACGUUGCUCCGUUGAGGGCUUUUGUCUGCUCAGCCGACGAGAAGCUUCUGGUUUUCGAUUUCUACCAAAUGGGAAGUCUUUCUUCCCUUCUUCACGGUAAGAAAGGCGACCAGACAAAAAGUCCAUUGGAUUGGCAAACGAGGAUGAGGUUCAUGAUCGGAGUGGCCAAAGGACUUGCACACAUUCACACUGACCACGAGCUCGUACACGGAAACAUCAAAUCCUCGAACGUCUUCAUGAACUCCAAUGGGUACGGAUGCAUAUCCGAGAUCGGUUUAGCCACGUUAACAAACCCGGUUCACCCGGUUAUGGCAAGAUCGGCCUAUUACCGUGCUCCAGAAGUAACCGACACCAGGAAAUCCACGCUGGAAUCGGACGUUUACAGCUUCGGAGUGUUGAUACUGGAGAUCCUGACGGGGAAAUCGACGAGCGUUCGUGCGAGGGAGGGAGACGAGGAAGAGAUUCAUCUGCUGAAAUGGGUGAAUAUGGUGGUGAACGAGCAGUGGACGGGUGAAGUGUUUGACUCGGAGCUUUUGAAGACGGAUAGCGUUGAACCGAAGCUUAUUCAAGUGUUGGAAUUAGGGCUGAGUUGUGCGGCUAGGACACCUGGCAAGAGACCAAAGAUGUCCAAAGUGGCGGAGACUUUGGAAGAUAUCGAGAGAAAUUAGAUUUAAAAAAAAAACAAAACUUUUUUUAUUAUUAUUUCUGAUCAUAACAGUUCCAAUAAACCUUAUAUCCAAUUGUAUUCGAUUCGAGUUUUUUGAAUAAUAUAUAUAUGCAUCAUUUGU